CCAAAUUUGACUCGAACGACGCAAUCAUCGACCAAUCAAUCAUCAUCAUCAUCAAUCGAGACAAUCGACCUGAGCAACAAUCAAUUGGAACGGGUGGAUCUGAGCCAUUUCACAGCACUACGAACAAUCAAUCUGUCACAAAACAAUCUGUCCACACUGUCCCGCAACAACUUGCACGCACAAACAGUGGAUGUGAACAUUGGCAACAAUCCCUGGAAUUGUGACCACCGGAUAGAUUGGCUCAUUGAUAUGAUUGCCGAAAUUGUCGAAAAGAAUGGUCGGUCAUAUUUCUUUGAAUCCACCUCGAAUCAAUUGAUGAACAACGUCAACAAUCACGUCGAUCUAUUCCAGACAAACGAACCGGAAUGCAAUCAGCCCAUCGAAGCCAAAAUGUUUCCCUUUUCAGUGUGGAAAUCGGUAAAAGAAUCGAGCAUAUGUCAAACAUGCAAUUGCUACCUCAAAGACAAAUACGCCAAAGUCGGUUAUCGGUAUGUGUCGAUCAACUGCACGAACCGCAAUCUUGUAUCGUUGCCUAGUCGUCUGCCAAAAAACACAAAAAUACUGGAUCUAUCGGCAAAUCAGAUCCGUAACCUGAAUCCGCUUAGCAAAUACCAUCACGGUGAGCUGUCGAAAUGGGCAAACAUCAACAAGAUCAUUUUGAGCAACAAUCUGCUCGAAUCAUUGGACGGACUUGAAUCGAUACGUUCGAUUGUGUUUCUGGACAUAUCGGGCAACCUGCUCACCGAGAUUCCGUAUCAUAUCGUCAACAAGGUGCUGUCCAGCAACAAGAUUGAUAAAUUUCGAAUCGGCAACAAUCCGUACGUCUGUGAUUGCAACACGGUCAAGUUUCAGAAAUGGCUACACAAUAAUUACCGCAUCAUACUGGACAUUAAACAAGUUCGUUGUGGCCAUCUUCGUGACGAAUUGCUGCUGCACAAUCAAUCGUUUUAUGUCGGCGGUCCGGAUCCAACAGGCUCGUCAAAGUCGAUUCUUCAACAAGGAAAUCCUGCAAAUCAACAGUCUACAUUUGUGUCCAAUUGCCGAUACGGUGGUCGAUGCAUUGGACCUCAUCAACAUUGUGUUGGCCGUAUCCAUUAUGUUGUUGAUCAUCAAAGUUGGCUACGAUUUCUUGUGGCAGAAACGUACGGGCAAAUUGCCUCGAUUCUUUAAACUAAACAUUUGACAGAGCGAUUCAUUUCUGCUUAUCUUUAUCAAAUAUCAACAGCAAUGACAAUAAAAUGCAUAAUAUAAUCCA